AAACUUCCACUGUAUGAUUUGUGAAUGUUGAGAUCAUUUCACAUUUUCACUAUAUAUUGUGUCAACAAGAGCAAAGUAGUUGACCACACUCUAAAUCAGAGCAUAGCAUGGGAGGUUCAGCAGAGGUGAAUGACGGCAUACCUCCGCCUCCUCUCGCCGUCGCCGAUGAAAAGGAACUAGACGCCGGUGCACAAUUUGUUCUCAAAUCCAGAGGAUCGUGGAUACACUGCGGGUACCACUUGUCGACGUCGAUCGUAGCUCCGACGUUGCUGAGCCUUCCAUUUGCAUUUGGUUCAUUGGGAUGGACGGCUGGGAUUUUAUGCCUGCUCAUCGGAGCGAUGGUAACAUUCUACUCUUACACUUUGCUCUCUCAAGUGCUCGAACACAAUGCUCAAUUAGGCCACCGCCACAUCCGCUUUCGUGAUAUGGCCAAUCACAUUUUAGGAGCAAGGUGGGGUAAAUAUUGCGUUGGACCAAUUCAAUUCGUGGUGUGCUAUGGUGUUGUAAUUGGGUGUAUACUUUUGGGAGGACAAUGCAUCAAGGCAAUAUACUUGUUGUCAAAACCCGAGGGAAACAAUAAACUGUACGAAUUUGUGAUCAUGUUUGGUGGGCUAAUGCUAAUUUUAGCUCAAAUCCCAUCUUUUCAUUCGUUGAGACAUGUCAACUUGGUUUCAUUGCUACUAUCCCUCACCUAUAGUGCGUGCACCACUGCUGCUUCUAUAUACAUUGGGACCUCUUCUAAGGGACCAAGAAAAGACUACUCUUUAAACGGCAAUGUCGAAACUCAAAUUUUUGGUACCUUCAAUGCAAUGGCCAUUAUUGCAACCACAUACGGCAAUGGGAUCAUCCCAGAGAUACAGGCGACACUAGCACCUCCGGUGAAGGGGAAGAUGUUCAAGGGGCUGUGCAUUUGCUACGCAGUCGUAUUGACAACUUUCUUCAGUGUUUCUAUUUCUGGAUAUUGGGCAUUUGGCAACCUAGUUCAAGGCCUAAUUCUCAAUAAUUUCUUGGAAGAUGGCAAACCGCUGCUGCCCAAAUGGUUUAUUUUGAUGACCAAUGUCUUCACAAUUCUGCAGUUAUCAGCUGUUGCCGUGGUGUACUUGCAACCAACAAACGAGAUUCUUGAACGAACAUUCGCAGAUGUGAAGAGGGGGGAGUUCUGUGCGCGCAAUGUGGUUCCGAGGCUGAUCUCGAGGUCACUCUCUGUGGCUGUUGCAACCAUCAUCGGUGCAAUGCUCCCGUUUUUUGGGGACAUCAAUGCACUCAUUGGGGCGUUUGGCUUCAUGCCGCUUGACUUCGUGCUUCCUUUUGUGUUGUUCAAUGUAACGUUCAAACCAUCGAAAAGGGGGGUUGCGUUUUGGGUGAAUACUGCCAUUGCUGUGGUGUUCUCGGUAAUAGGGGUUGUAGCAUCAGUGGCAGCAGUGAGGCAGAUCAUUUUGGAUGCCAAAACAUACCGAUUGUUUGCCAAUGUCUGAUCACAUGUUUUCAGACUUGUGUGUUAUAGAUAUAUAGUUUGUUGUUAUAAAUAGUAAAAAUUGUUGCUACUCAAUCGUGCUCGUGCUCGUGAUUAUGAUCAUGAUUCAAUUCAUCAAAA